AGGGGGCUGAGCUGAUCCCACGUGUGACGCUUUCAUUCCCGGCUCAGUAAUAUUCUCAUAGCGGGGCUUUGCAUAUCUCCUGCCGUAUCUGUGUGUGUCUGUCACUGUUACUGUAGUCCCAGCCUAUAGUUUGGAAUAGAUAUGGAAGGAGACGGGAGUCAAGCCACAUCCGGAAGCCUAAAUGAUUCACAACAUGACCCGGGUAAAAUGUUUAUCGGUGGCCUCAGCUGGCAAACCUCACCAGACAGCCUUAGAGACUAUUUUAGUAAAUUCGGAGAAAUAAGAGAAUGUAUGGUGAUGAGAGACCCCACGACAAAACGCUCAAGAGGAUUUGGGUUUGUUACGUUUACAGAUGCUGCCAGUGUAGAUAAAGUCUUAGCUCAACAACACCAUGAAUUAGACUCAAAGACGAUUGAUCCUAAGGUUGCCUUUCCCCGUCGCGCCCAGCCUAAGAUGGUCACAAGAACAAAGAAAAUAUUUGUGGGUGGCUUGUCUGCCAAUACAGUAGUGGAAGAUGUGAAGCAGUAUUUUGAACAGUUUGGGAAGGUUGAUGAUGCCAUGCUUAUGUUUGAUAAGACUACUAACAGACAUAGAGGAUUUGGUUUCAUAACUUUUGAGAGUGAAGACAUCGUAGAGAAAGUCUGUGAAAUUCAUUUUCAUGAAAUCAAUAACAAAAUGGUAGAAUGUAAGAAGGCCCAGCCCAAGGAGGUGAUGUUCCCACCAGGUACACGAGGGCGAGCCAGGGGUCUGCCCUACACCAUGGAUGCCUUCAUGCUGGGGAUGGGCAUGCUGAGUUACCCUAAUAUUGUGGCGACGUACGGCCGUGGAUACACUGGAUUCGCACCAAGCUACAGCUACCAGUUCCCUGGCUUCCCAGCGACAGCGUACGGACCGGUGGCGGCGGCGGCAGUAGCAGCAGCGCGUGGCUCAGGUAGGGGGGCCCGUGGAAGAGGCGGCUACUUGGCGUACCCACAGAGCACAGGGCCAGGCCUCCCCGAUUAUGGGUUUUACUCUGCGCCCAGUGACCAGAGGGGGGGGCCCUGCUCCUUUGCUGACUAUGGCUCCCUGGGGCCCCAAGCGGCUCAGAUGCUGCACAGUGAGCAUGCCACCUCCGCCUGCAACUCCCCCCUCCAGCACCUACACAGCCCGGAUCAGUUUAAGAACCCAGGCACCAACCCAUCAAGGCCCGGAGGUUUUCCUGGUGCUAACAGUCCAGGGCCUGUGGCUGACCUGUACGGACCUAGCAGCCAGGAUUCAGCUGUGGGCAACUACAUCAGUGCUGCUAGCCCUCAGCCUGGCUCUGGGUUUGGCCCCAGCAUCACAGGCCCGUUGAUUGCAACAGCUUUUACAAAUGGAUACCAUUGAACAGGUGGCCGGUUGCCAUCUCAUCAGAGCAGAGUAUAUCUGGUGGCCCAGGAAAGACAGGACGAAGUUUCUAAUUGGCUUUGUGUGCAGGUGAUGCUAAUCCAACUUCAAGCACUACAGUGUCACCCAGGCAAAAAGAACGAAAGUCGGAACUAUAUGAAGAAGAAAAGAAAAUGUUAGUCAUCUCAGAAAAAUAACAACUGCUGUACUAUAAUCCAAACCUCCUAUAACUUUACAACCUGGUUUGGUAUGAUGUUUCACGUCAAUCUCAUUCACCUAUUUCCUUCCUCUGUCAGCUUCUGUUUUGAUUAGUUUUUAGAGAGUCAUUUUAGUUUAACCUUGAUUUUGUGUCAUUUUAUUUUAUCUUCUAGUAUAUUUGUGUAAAUGGAUUUUUGUUUGAAGUACGGGGGUCAUAGCCAAGAAUAUCUGCAAGUCAUGUCUUCAUCUUUGUAUGGGUUAGUGUAAAAGGAAAAACGAUGGGAUGUUCCAUUCAGUCUUUCCGCAAAAAAAAAAAGAAGCUCGGGAGAAAGACUCGGAGAAAAAAAAAUUCAAUUUUAAGGAAAAUUUAAAGAAGGUAUCUAAGUAAUAAAUCUUAGUAGCUGUUUUAUUUCUUGUGAUGUCUCAUUGUUAACCAUAAUUACCUAUUUUUGGGCAAUACAAAGAGGACUCCAAUAUUUUUAUGGUCCUUUUUUAUAAGUGUUGUUUUUGUUGUUUAGAAAUAUAUAUAUAUGCUAUAACAAAUUUCAUAUAACUACAUUGUGAAUUCAAACUUGAGAAAAAGAAAUGUAGCUGUACAUAUUAUUCCAGUCACUGCAUAUAACCAACUCAGUGAGAGAAUAGCAUAUUUUUGUGAUGGUGUGUCAAAAGAACAUGUUAUAGCGUGUGAAUAGAAGAAAAAGCUGUAAACAGUUAUUAUUAUACUUUUUCUGCUGGAAGACGGUAUAACGAACCCCAGAGACAAACAGAACACACGUGCUCUGUAAAUAGCGAAGCUGAAUAAUUUUACAAGUGUCAUACCAGCAAAUUUACAAACGGUGAGUUAAGUCAACACAGUUUUAAGAAAUAAAAAGAAAAGAGCCUGAUUGGUAUCUUUUAUCUAACUGUUAAGACAUCAGUAUCAUUUCAAAGAGAGAGAGAGAGAGUGAGAGAAAAAAAAAGAUGAUUUAAUCCAAAGCACACUGUACUUAGAUGUGAUGAUUAGAACUUGAACCAGGCAUUUUCCAGUGCUCUGCAUCCUGACACUUUUAUACUCUUGAGAGGAACUUGUUAGAUGUAUGUUAUUGUUUGUUUCAUCCUGCUUGUUCCUGAUUCAUUUUUGGAACACAAUAUCUGGGCUCUGUGCUAGAGCCUUUAUGUAAUGCUUGUUCUCUGAAUCAGUUCUUUUUGAAUGAAUUAGGAAAGUAAACGUUUUGAUACCAUACCUCAGCCUUUGUGAGUUCUAUUGUGGAAUCAUUGGCAGGUUUAAUUUAUUCUGUAGUGGCAAAACAGAUGAAAACACUGAACGGUAAUAAAGCAAGUAAUCAAUGCACUGUGAGUAGUGAAGUACAGGCCAUUUUCCUAUUUGCACAUGUAUAUGUUGGCUUUUUAAAAACGGCCCUGUGCUUUGGGAUAGUAUGAAGGAUUUUUGGGUUAUUGUAUUCUCGACUCGACAAAGUUUUGAGGUGAGUUAACAGCUGGAGGAAAUAGUAACUGAUAUGUUGCAGUGUACACUUGGAUUUCUUUAUAUAAUAGACCCAUGAAUCAUCUAAAGAUAUUUAUACAGGGUCAAAAGAUGACACUGAAUUAUUCACUAUCUGUCGCUGCACCAGGUUUUACACAGUAUGUGUGGUUAAUGAUUUUACUCAUGACAAACGUUUAGUAAUAAUAUGCUCCAGAGUGCAGUCCGGUUUUUAACGUCAUUGAUGGAAUGAAUGGUGUGUAUUCUGAAAUACUUUACCUGCUGCAGAUGUAUUUGUUGUUUUCAUUUUACCCACGUCUUGUCUCAUUUCUUUUCUUUCAAAACAACCAGGUAAAGAAAUAUGCUGGAUACUUCUAAAGUACAUGAAAAUGGAGGUAUGAUCAAGUAAUAAUAUAAAGAGUAAAGAGGAAAAAAAAACCCUUGUAAUGUUCAAAUGUAAAAGAAAAUAAGAAAUACAAAACUAUAAAAAAAAAAAGAAAGAUGCUUCUUUGCUGAUUUCAAGUUUAAUCAGAGUUUUAUUGAUACUUUGUGGUUUAUAUAUUAAUAAUUGUAAUAUACUAUUAAAAUGUACUGUGCAUCCAUUGCUUUCUCUCUUUCCAUUCCCCAUCCUCAGAGAUCCUACUAUCUUUUGUUGAUCAUUCAUGUAUUUCAUUAGUGUGUAAAGAACUCACAGUUAACUUGUAAACAGAGUGCUGUCUUUGAUACCAGUGUAGUGCUCUUUGUUGUUCUCCCUUGCUCUACCUCUCCUUUCUCUCAUAUUUAUCCCUCUCCCUCUCGCGCUCUUUUUCUAUCUCCUGUAAUUACAAAGUAGAUGUUAUAUAGGACUCAUUAAUAUAAUACUUGUAGUGAAUAGUGGAUUUAGGACCAGUCAAGAUAGACCUUUCUCUAAAUGAUCAUGUUAUUCUGAUAUUUGCAGACAAUUAUUUUGAUAGAGGUUCAUUGUAAUUUAUUCCCUGUAUGUUUUUUUUCUUUUUUUUUUGGUUUUGGUUUUGGUUUUGGUUUUUGCCACUCUCACAUGGUUUCAGCUAACCAAAGCUCUCAUGGAUGAACAACAGAGAAACAGUUGCUGUAAGAUGGAAUUGUACACAAGGCAUUAUUUGGAUUCCCCACCCUUGAAUGUUUUAAAAGGGGUGUGCCAUACUACCUUAAAUGCUAAUGCUAGAUAUGCAAAACUUUUAUUUUUGAUUAUUUUUUAAGAGGGACACAAGCUAUAAUCAUGGAAAAAAGAUUUUGUGUAAAAAUAAAUAAAUAAAUAUUUCAUAUUUUUUUAAGAAACAUACCAAUGAUUACCACAAUAGUCAAGAUAUCAGUCAUAGUGCUGUUAAAAUGACCUGUUAUAUCUUUUAAUGUUUGUACACUUUGGAAAUAUCCCAGAUGCCUCUGGCAUAGUUAUUUUUUAGAUAAUACUGUUUUUGAUCUUUUAUUUCUCUCAAAACUUUUAUUAAUAAUUCUAAUCAUCUUAAUCUCAGAUUCUGUGAGCUAGUUUUUGUUUUAAUCCACUAUCAAUGUUGUUCACGCAAACUCACUUUAUAGAGGCAUUACUGUAAAAGUAAGGGGGAAAAAAAGGAAAAAAAAAAGGCCUACUGCUAAAGUCUCCGUCAAAAUCCUCUAAAGGAGCGGGUGUUACAGGAUGGGGUCUGUAUCAGGUCUGAUUAAUAGGUGGUUAAAUUCAUGUCCUGACACCAGACCAGCACCCUGAAGCUGUGAUUCACUGAUUCAUUGCUAAGUCAAAUCAGCGCUGAAAAGAUUAUAUUAAAACUCAAAUUUAAAUGCUCGAUGUUACCGUGUCAAAGGAUGUCCAGAAUUCAGACCUGUUAGAUUUACACAAGCCGCUGUGCUUCAAGCGAAAACAAGCCAAUUAUAAAGCCAAUUCCGUUUCAGAACUCAAGCUGUGUGCACACGCCAACCACAGAUUGAGUUAUUUUCUUCUGAGUACAGUUUCAAUUAAACAUAAUUUAGGUUUUAUAUCGGUUAUUUAAUUCACCUCAUGAGAUUUUAAAUUAAACACUAGACACAUUACAUUAAUAAAUAACAUUAGUGUCUAUUCGUUCUUCUCAUCUAAUAUAGACUGUCAGAUUACAUACAGUAUGUACAGUAAUGGCAGCUUUGUUAGUGACAUUAAUAGACAAAUUAUUCCAGCAAGUAUACGAGACACUGUUACUGAAAAAUAAGUGAAGCUGAAUCAUCCCAAAAUGAUAAAGUCCACGUUUCAGUAAAAUAAUAAUAAUCAGUUCUGUUGUGAGAUGAUAAAAGUGGCUGAUUGCAUUAUACAGUACACAAACAAACAGUAUUUGCCCAAAACUGUGGAAACACAAAACUAAUUUAUUAAAAAAAAUUAACAUGUUCCAAGUAUUAAUGUUUAUGUUCACAUUAAUUGCACAUUAUAGUAUAAAAUAUAACAUCUCUGUAGUAAUAAUAAUAAUAAUAAUAAUAUCUCAAUUAUAGUUAAAGAACAAAUCCAAUAGGAAUCAAUCAUUCAGCUAAUGAGUACUAGUUAAGUUUUCUUCUGGCAGGAUAAACUGAAGUGUUCCUCCUCUUCAUUUCCAGCGUCAUCCCUUGAAUUUGUUUAUCUGAAAAUUAUUCUAAAUAAUAAACUCAAGCCACCUACACACCAGUACAAGAAGCUCAUCAGGAGCUGUGGGUGAUUCCACUUGUACUGCCAUUUCAUCUGCAAAACAAAUAACACUGCAACAAGUGUAAAAUAUAUUGCUUUGUGUCUUUUCACUGUUGCAGUGCCUGGUGGCUGUAAUUGGACUGUAAUCUACCCUUUCUAACUGGAAACAAAACAAAAACAAAAAAACAACUUGAAAUGGCUCGUUUUCCCUCAAACAAUUAAAAAAAAUUGACUCUUCUGUUGUUUUGUGAUCCUGUAGCUUGGACUUUAAGGUAGCAUGGCUCUGUUGCUGUAAUUUCAUUUUAUCUCAAACUGACAGCAGUUUACAGCUGAUGAAUGUUACACAUCUUAGUAGACUAGCUUAUCCAUUUGGGGAGAGGGGAGGGGGUCUUGGUUUAAGAAAAAAAAAAUAAUCAAAAAAGAAAAACAGUCAACCUGGAAGGUGUUGACAUUUGUAGUGUACUACCGUAUCCAUUUAAACUUGAAUCUUGAGGCAAGUGCUAGGCAAUGGCCAAACAAUUUAUCCCAUCCGUUUGUGGGAGAAUCCCACCCUGAAACCACACACACGCUUCUGAGAUCUCUGUCGUCUUGGACUCACAUCUGUCUUAUCAGUAUGAAUAUGAACAACUGUCCCCCCCCCAAAAGCUGGGACAUCAGACAAGGACUGUUUCAGCCUCUGCUCCAUUUCUAAUGAAUCAGACUGACUUUGAAGGCUCAUUGAAUGUUAUUGAGUAUUUAUACCCAAAAGAGGCUCAUUCACAGUGGUGCUAAUGGUCUUAAACCAGACAAUGUGCCCUUAUCUCUGAGAGAUACUGGAUACUGUCGCAGUGACCACAAAGUUAGUCUCCCAGUGCCACACAAAGUGACUCUCACUAACUCUACCAUUUAUAGUGUCAGCUCUCUCGUUUCACAAAGAUUUGUUCAUGUUCACAAAUUCAGACUGAACUCUUCAAGGUGACAGAAAUAGCACAAGUUCAACUGUACUGUCGUGUUUUCGGGUGAAUUUUCCCCUCGGUCCAAACCAUUGCCAUCUCACCCAUGCUCAUUUCGAAAUAUACACAUACAAUUGCAACAUAUAUAUAUAUAUAUAUAUAUAUAUAUGUGUGUGUGUGUGUGUGUGUAGAUGAACAUAUAUUUGCAAUUUUCGCACAUUUGAACAAUAUUAGACUGGAGACCUCAGCUGUAUACAGAAUAUCCCUCACACAGCUAGCUACACCCGGGUUCAUAAUAGUCAAAUGGUCAUUAUUAGCUUACUCACCAACACGAGAGUUCACCCCUGGCGUGUUGUCGAGUUUGGAGCAGACUGCAUGGCCUAGAGGGGAGCCUGGAAGCUCUUCAGACUGCAUAGACGGCAGUGUGAGGCUCUGCUGUGCUUCCAUGUUUCUGCAGGCUGAGCACAGAGCUCUCUUCACUGCUGUCUGCCCAUUCCUAACACUUGCCCCUUUUUUUUAUGUUAACCGACUUUUUAUGGCGAGAGACAGACAGACUUGACUGACAUCUGAAAGCAUCUUUCAGGUUAUCAUAUGGCUUGCUUAAGCCCUGUUGUAAAAUAUACUAAAAAAAAAAUAAAUAAUAAUAAUAAUAAUAAUAAUAAUAAUGGAUGGGGGUCUCUCACAUAUCAAAUGUGGAAAGUCUAAUUUUAUAUUUGUAUUUUCAAAUAAUAAUAUUGACAAAAAAAAAUGUCUGUGAAAGGUUUCCAUCCUCUACUGUGGUCCAGAAAUUGAUGUGUCUGUCUGGAAAAAUAAAUAAAAUAAACUGAAUUGUUAUAUUA